AUGCCAAUGCUCAACUCCCUGUUCACCGUUUCAUGCGCUUUGAGCUUGUUAUGCUCUGUUAGAACAGAUACUGCUUCUUUGCGAGCUCAAUUUUCUGGGUUGGGAAUCGACGCCGUCUAUCCAGGAGAUUCAUCUUAUAGCAAACUUGCUACACCUUUCAACAAACGUCUGAGCUAUACCCCAGCUGCCAUCGUCUUCCCUAACAAUACUAAAGCUGUCUCGGAUUGUGUUAAAGUAGCUGUUGAAGCCAAAAUUCCAGUCUCACCUCGCUCCGGUGGACAUUCAUACGCCGCCUAUGGCUUGGGAGGAGCAAAUGGCGCCUUGGUGGUCGAUCUCUCGCGACUUAAGACAGUCUCUGUUGAUCAGUCGACAGGACAAGCUCUUAUUGGAACUGGAAACAGAUUGGGUGAUGUGGCUAUCGGAUUACACUCUCAAGGUCGGCGCGCAAUUCCUCACGGUCUGUGUCCGUAUGUCGGUAUUGGAGGACACGCUUCAUUUGGAGGCUACGGUUUCACGAGUCGGAUGUGGGGUUUGACCUUGGACAACAUCAUCAGCCAAGAAGUGGUACUUGCGAACGGUACAAUUGUUCAGGCAUCGCAAGAUACCAAUCCGGACCUCUUCUGGGCCUUGAGAGGUGCAGGAGCAUCGUAUGGUAUCAUGACAUCCAUCAAGUUUCGAACACAUUUAGCUCCAAGUCAACCUACAAACUUUGACAUCGGAUGGGAUUUUAAUCAAACUGACUUUGCAAGAGCGAUGAUUCAACUUCAAAUAUUUUCUCAGUCCGACCUACCCUCGGAAUUGGGAUUUGAUGCAAAUUUUGGGAGAGGGAGCAAGUCUGGACGUCUCAACUUUCGCAUAUCUGGGACAUGGCAUGGUGAUAAUUCAAACUUUCCAGCAGUCGUAAAGCCCUUUUUGGACGUCAUGCCACCACCGGCUACUAGUUCAGUAAAGAAGAAUGAUUGGCUCUCCAGCUUACAAGUCUCGGCUGGGUCACAAAAUCUGUCGACUUCAGGCGUGGACUUAUCAGCUGAGCAUGAUAAUUUCUACGCGAAGUCUUUGACCACUCCAAAAUCGACACCGAUGUCAAAUAUGACCAUUCAAGCUUUCUCCAAAUAUCUCGCGUCAGAAGGAUGGAAAACAGAUAUGAACUGGUUCGGCCAGCUUGCGCUCAUUGGUGGUCAGAAUUCAGCUACCACCUCUGUACCCACAGACGCGACAGCUUUUGCUCAACGUUCUACUCUAUGGAUUAUUCAACUCUACACUCGGACCAACGACUCGGCGCAACCAUUUCCAGCUGCAGCCCUGACUUUUCUGGACCAAAUGGUUGCGAGCAUUCUCAAAAAUAGCCCUCCCGGAUGGGGAUAUGGCGGCUAUUCCAACUACGUCGAUGAUCGCUUAUCUUCGACGGAGUGGAAGAACAUGUAUUACAACACACAUUAUCAACGCUUGACCAAAAUCAAGUCGGCUUACGACCCUCAAAACGUAUUUUCAUAUCCUCAAAGCAUAACAGAGGCAACCUCAGCCCAAAAAGACUAA